AUUUUUAAAAAGUAGCCUAUAUUUCACUAAGAGCAUCAUUUUAGAAUUGAUUCCGAAAGUGGGCGGUAACAAAAAAAAACUAUGGGGAAAUUCUCAAAUGCCAGCUGUCAAGCGAGACAAAAAUAGCUUAAUUACUUGGAAAUAGUCAAUAUAAGUCUGCACCUAAAAGAAGCACAGUCGCUGUUGCUGAAUCGUUGCGGCAAUAAACGGAGCUGUAGCCUACAGAAGAGCAGACCGACAACAUCCGGGCAAUAGUCAGCUUGCGCAGAAACGGAAUGGCGGAGGUGUGUGAAAACCCCGCGAAGACAAGUGUGGAGUUCGUGGCCUAGUGGAGAGUGGAUGAGGUACAGUGAUGAAGGCCCUCAGCAGGAGAAGCAAAACUCUCAACAGGCCUUAGAGGAGUUGGAGGAGAACUUUCACCCCAUGAAGAUGGCAGCGCAGUCCCACACUGCCAGUGAGCUUCCUUUGGAGGAGCUGCUGGCUCUGUAUGGCUACACAGUGUCAGAUCCUGAGAAGGAGACCUGUCACAUGGCUGCCAGCCUGCCAGACAUGACACUGGACAAGGAUCAGAUAACUGAGGAUCUCUUUCCUGGGGAGGAGGAAGAAGAAUCGUCAGCUGAUGAUCUCACCCCCUCAGUCACUUCAAACACUUCAGAUCUGCUCCGCCGCCUCCAAGUGCUACCUACUGCUGUCUUGGGUGGAGACAAAAACACAUUAGUCAGCUCAUCAGAUGAGGACUCCGAUGAUGCCUCUAUUCCCUCCAAUGAAGAGCACAAGGAGAUCAUGGUUGGCUCUAUGUACCAGGCAAAAAUCCCUCCACUCGGUCCAUAUACCUACCAGGAGAGAGCCUACAGCAGUGAGGACCAGUUGCUGUGGAGGCCAGGUGUUCUACCGGUGCAGAAAGUGGAAGAGUUCUUGCUGUAUGCACAGAGACCGCGUGGCCAGGAGGGAGCAGCAUGCACACAAACACAAGGGGACACUGUCCGAGACAACGAACAGGCACUGUAUGAACUAGUGAAAUGCAACUUCAAUGCAGAAGAGGCACUGAGACGAUUGCACUUCAAUGUGAAAGUGUUCAGUGAGCUGUGUGCCUGGAGUGAGGAGGAGUGUAGGAACUUUGAGCAUGGCUAUCGAGUUUACGGGAAAAACUUCCACCUCAUUCAGGCUAAUAAGGUACGAACACGCUCGGUUGGGGAGUGUGUGGAGUAUUACUACAUGUGGAAGAAGUCUGACCGUCACGAGUACUUUACCCAGCAGGCCACCAGGCUCAGCCGCAGGAAGUACAACCUGCAAUCAGGGAGCAUGGAGGAUGGAGACCAGGAUGGGGAGGUUGGGGAGCUGGAGGGAAGCAACAAUUCUUCAGGCUUGUUGUCUCACAGCUCCAUGGGCACUGGGCAGCUGGAGUCCCCAUUACCUCCACAGUCGAGCCUGGACCUAGAAAAACAAGAUGGUGAGCUGGUGAUGGGGCUGUCAGACCUGUGUGGUGACGGAUGUUCUCAGCAGCUGUUUGGCUGUCCCUUCUCUCUCCCACUCAUGGACGACCUGCGGGAUCCAGGCUCAGGCAGUUGUCAAAGUUGUCCGUCAGCUCCACUUCAGCUCCAGUCCCAGCCCUCCCACCAGAGCUCCCAGUGGGCUGACGAGAGCCCUCCGUCCUGCCAUGACGACCAUCACCUCCCAGGCUUCUACCAGUUACACAUGCGUGGUGGACCUUUUGUUUCUGAGGGCCCUGACUGUGGUACAGCAGGCGGUGGGACUGGUGGGCUGCAGGUGGAAUUCAGCCUGUGUCCGUCUGCCUCACCUCCCUCAUCUGCUGUCCUCCCAUCACACUUCCAGGCAUUUGGCAGCCUGCUGCACCCCUCUCCCGUCCAGCAUCCCCGCUCUCUCACGCAGUGAAGGGUAAUGGAAAAAUGCGAACUGAGUGGUAUUCUUCAUGGUUUGCCCUGUGUUGAGAUCUUUGAUCGGUUUUGGUAUUUACACCGGGUUUGAAGAAACCAGGACAAAAAGUACAUUUUACCUAACUUUGUGAAAAAGGAUGGACCUACCACCUGUGUUGGGGGAUCACUCGUCUGUUUGAACCCUCUUUUUAGACUGAGACACUUGAACCUUAUGUCCAUUGUAGAAUGACGAGUGUUAAUCACCGCUUUUCAGGUGUUGAUUAUGUGUUUAUUAGCAGCUUAUUACCACAACCUGCACCAGGGCAAUGCUAUUGAUUGGCUAUAAUUAAUACAUACUUGUGAAAGCACAGUGCAGGUGAUGAGAGCUGCAGUGACCAUGCAAACAAAACAGAAGCAUGUGGCUAGUGGUCCAUUUUUUUCUAAAGCAGAUGAAUGAUGGACAAUAUUAACCACUGUUUCUCUAGUUUUUUUUUUAGUUUGUUUUUUUUUUUAUUUAUCAGGAUGGAAAAGUUUGCAGGUGAGAUUUCUCCCAAAUUCUUCCAGCAAGAGCCAAUCACGUGUUUCUUUAAGUAUGUUCUACAUAUUGCUCAACAUUUUUGCCGCUACAGCUAUUUGAGAUCUGUCUCUGUAGAAUACCACAGUGACAUGGUUGCCAGAAGUCUGACCACAGAGUAAAAUCUGUCACUUCAAACAAUACAGAAUACUUUAUUUAAACAUGCUGCCUGUAAAUCUGUAAUUGGCUCUCUGUUUAAAUAUGAAGAGCUGAAACUAAAUAACAUUUUCUAAGGGUGAGAUUUGAAUGUGGUCAGAGAACAAGGAACACAAUAUUUUUGCAGGUUUUAGUUUUAGUUUUGUUUUCUUCCUUGUUUUUCAUUUUCAAGAUUUACAUAGAUAUAUGAAGGUGCAGUGCUGUGUCAUAAUUUCUGAACACUGUUUCUAUCAUGUUUAAUAUUUAGUACCAUUAAAAGCCUGUCUGACAUACAGAAUAGGCAUAAAAUUAAAUAUUUAAAAUGUACAUGCGAACAUAGGUAAGUCACUGAAUGCAAACACAGUUUCUCAGGUUCUGCGACUUUGAUGAUUUUGAAGACCGUUACUCAGUGAGAGUCAGUCGCUAUCACUCUGGACAGGUGUCAUACAUACAGAUCAGAUGGAAAAGUUAUUAGAAGUUUGUUGGAUUAAGACACAGCUUUUUGAUAUAAGAGUAAAAAUGUAUGUAAUGACAGAUAUUGGGGUCUGAAGAUCAUAACAUGGAAUUUAACAGUUCUGGCACCUUCUGCUUGAUUCUUACAUCCAAGAAACAUCCAAACAGUGAACAUGUGUGAACAAAGGUACAAUAGUGAUAUUUUUAGUGUCACAGUGCUACAAAUCCAAACUGCAUAGUGUAUCCCUCUUUUUCCUCUGAAAUUUUUCCUUCACUGACUUCAGCCAGACAUAAUGAUAUAUACUGAAAAAUGUCACAUGUAUUUGCGUUAACAUUUCUAAUACUAAUAUACUUUAUAGUGCAAAUCUUGUUAAGAACUGCAUAACAUAGUCUCAACUUUUUCUGACCAGUGUCCCAAAAUUCUCAUGGCCCCAUCAAGUUGUCAUACUGUCAUAUGAAUUUUGAGAGUAACAAACUUUUAUAUUCUCAGUGCACUUUGAUCAUCUCAUGGCAUUUCAUGUCUUUUCUUAAACACAGACGGAGCUUCAAAUGAAUCGGUACAGAUAUAAUUAUAUCGUUAAAACCUACAGUUUCAUAUAUCAAGAAUCUGCCAGUUCAAGGUUGAGAAAAUCUGCUUAAUGUAGUCUACAAAAGAAUGAGAAUCAUGUAUUAAUCAAAUAAUAUUCAUUGUAAUCAUACAUAUGAUUACAAUGAAUAUUAUUUGAUUAUUUAAAAUGAUGUAACUCAGAAUAAAUGGAUGAGCUUUAAAAUGCCUCUUAUUAGGAGCACUUUCAUACAUUUUUAGUCAUUCCUUCAUACAUACAUAUGUGAUUUUUUUUUUUUUUCUGCAUGUCAGUAUAUUUUAGUCACAGUGUCUCUAAAGAGGUAAAGGAGAAGUUACAGGGAAGGAAAGGAUUUAGCCCAGCAUUCUUCCCAUCUGUCCUCCUAUUUAUUCCUUGUUUUUGUCUGUAAAUGUGGGAGCACUUCCUGUGCCAAGCUGGUUUCAGAUCAAUGUUUGUUUUGUUUUGACUGUUUACAUGUGGGGGGGUCCAGGACAAGACCAUGAAGGCAGGAAACGGCGCUGAAUCACUGCCUUUUGUUAAUUCUUUAUUUUUACUUUCAUUUUUAGCAAUUUAUAUAUUGUACUGCAUCUGUUAUGUUUGUUUAUUAAUUAUGAAUUAUUAUAUUUUGUAAAAAAAAAAAUAAACGAUUAAAAUGAA